GAACGCAGGCAGCAGCGCUGAAAAGGGCCAGAGUGGCCUGCAGCUCUGGGCUGCAAGGCAGUGCCCAGGCCCGUGGCUCGGGUGGGAGGUGUCCAUCCAGCUUGGCCCGAGCUUCGGUGGUCAGCGCGCAUUUCUCUUGAGGGUCAUCGGUGGUGACCUUUUGACUUUUUCACCCCACCCUCCCAUCUCUUUGUCUCGCAUUUGUGUUCCCGAUUCAGAGAUGGUAGAACCAAGUCCAUUUUAAAGUACCCUGAUGAACACUUUCCGUUUUUAUUUCUGAAAGUUCCCUGCCUGGUCUUUACUGCGAAUUUAAUAACAUGUUGACUACAUGGCAUUGUCCAGUGAUUACUAUUUUUACCUCUGAAAUUCAGCGAUCUUUCCAGUAGAAUUCUGGUCCGUCAGUCCAUUGUGUUUUGAGAUAAGCAUCCAGCAAGUACCUCCUUGGCAAUUAGAACAUCUGUUUUUUCAUUCAUUCAUUCAUUCAGCAACUGUUUAGUACCGUACUCAGAUGAAGAGGUUUGGUUUGAAGGUAAAGAACAGUAUCCUUUCAUGGAAGAAGAUGCUUUGACUGAAGUAUAAUAGAUGGACCUUUAAAUGAGACAGUUACAUAAGUGAUGUCUGUUAAGGAAGUCUUGCAGCCUUACAGUCAUUUGUAAUGGUUACCUCAGAUUCCCCUGCUGUGGUUAACGUUAAACCUAGGAGGUCAGAUGCUCUAAGUGAACAUGUUUAGUGCUGUGCCUGACAAAAGCAAGCAAUCAAAAUGGGACUUCCUUGAGGGCAGGCCUGUCUUGCAUCUGUUUCUCCACCACCUAGCCUGGAAUAUACUUCUUGGUGAAUUUUUGGAUGAAGCCAUUAAAUUAAUUGCUUGCCAUCAUGAGCAGAAGCAAGCGUGACAACAAUUUUUAUAGUGUAGAGAUUGGAGAUUCUACAUUCACAGUCCUGAAACGAUAUCAGAAUUUAAAACCUAUAGGCUCAGGAGCUCAAGGAAUAGUAUGUGCAGCUUAUGAUGCCAUUCUUGAAAGAAAUGUUGCAAUCAAGAAGCUAAGCCGACCAUUUCAGAAUCAGACUCAUGCCAAGCGGGCCUACAGAGAGCUAGUUCUUAUGAAAUGUGUUAAUCACAAAAAUAUAAUUGGCCUUUUGAAUGUUUUCACACCACAGAAAUCCCUAGAAGAAUUUCAAGAUGUUUACAUAGUCAUGGAGCUCAUGGAUGCAAAUCUUUGCCAAGUGAUUCAGAUGGAGCUAGAUCAUGAAAGAAUGUCCUACCUUCUCUAUCAGAUGCUGUGUGGAAUCAAGCACCUUCAUUCUGCUGGAAUUAUUCAUCGGGACUUAAAGCCCAGUAAUAUAGUAGUAAAAUCUGACUGCACUUUGAAGAUUCUUGACUUCGGUCUGGCCAGGACUGCAGGAACGAGUUUUAUGAUGACGCCUUACGUAGUGACUCGCUACUACAGAGCACCCGAGGUCAUCCUUGGCAUGGGCUACAAGGAAAACGUGGAUUUAUGGUCUGUGGGGUGCAUUAUGGGAGAAAUGGUUUGCCACAAAAUCCUCUUUCCAGGAAGGGACUAUAUUGAUCAGUGGAAUAAAGUUAUUGAACAGCUUGGAACACCAUGUCCUGAAUUCAUGAAGAAACUGCAACCAACAGUAAGGACUUACGUUGAAAACAGACCUAAAUAUGCUGGAUAUAGCUUUGAGAAACUCUUCCCUGAUGUCCUUUUCCCAGCUGACUCAGAACACAACAAACUUAAAGCCAGUCAGGCAAGGGAUUUGUUAUCCAAAAUGCUGGUAAUAGAUGCAUCUAAAAGGAUCUCUGUAGAUGAAGCUCUCCAACACCCGUACAUCAAUGUCUGGUAUGAUCCUUCUGAAGCAGAAGCUCCACCACCAAAGAUCCCUGACAAGCAGUUAGAUGAAAGGGAACACACAAUAGAAGAGUGGAAAGAAUUGAUAUAUAAGGAAGUUAUGGACUUGGAGGAGAGAACCAAGAAUGGAGUUAUACGGGGGCAGCCCUCUCCUUUAGCACAGGUGCAGCAGUGAUCAAUGGCUCUCAGCAUCCAUCGUCAUCGUCGUCUGUCAAUGAUGUGUCUUCAAUGUCAACAGAUCCGACUUUGGCCUCUGAUACAGACAGCAGUCUAGAAGCAUCAGCUGGGCCUCUGGGCUGCUGUAGAUGACUACUUGGGCCGUGGGGGGGUGGGAGGGAUGGGGAGUCGGUUAGUCAUUGAUAGAACUACUUUGAAAACAAUUCAGUGGUCUUAUUUUUGGGUGAUUUUUCAAAAAAUGUAGAAUUCAUUUUGUAGUAAAGUAGUUUAUUUUUUUUAAUUUCAAGUGAUGUAAUUUAAAACCUAAGUUGUGUUUCAAAACAGCAACAAAACUGUAUUGUAUUUUUUUGCUGUAAUUAACUGUAUAAUGUAAACCUAAUUAUUUUAUCAUGGUUUAAAUUUUUUGCAUAUUUGCUUUAUCUUAUGCUGCUGAUUUUUUUUAACUGAAUUUGUAAGAUUUUGUUUAUCAAAGCAACUAUUAUGUGGUGACUUGCCUAUAUCAUGAAUUAUUUAAGAUUUUUAUAGUUUUUUUUAAUUAGAAUUUAUUUCAGAUGUUUUGUUCAUGAUACUAUCCUUCAGGGUUAUGUGCUUAUCAAUGAAAUAACCCCAGAGGAGUGAGGGAAAAUAACUUGUAGCCAGUUAUAUUCAGGAAUAACUACUGUAAAUGAUGAACGUGUUAGGAGACCUCCAAUAUUUGCUACUUGCCAAUCCUAAUUUAGUUACAAGAAUUGGUAGGCAAUGCUACUUAAUUUUGGCAAAAGCCCCGUCAUCUAAAUGGCAGAAUAACUCAGAGCAUGUCUUUGAAGAUGCUGGGCGUCUACCACCACCUUAUGUCCCCACCCUACCCAACAAAAAUAAGUAAAAAGGAUAUGGUGUAUUCUACAAAUUUGUGGCAUGCUCAAAGUUUAUGAUCACAUAAAGUCAAGAGGAUACUUCAUGAAUAAUACAUUUCAAUGCAAAUAAACAGAUGGUUCACUUCUACUAGCUAUGAGCCUGUUUUUGUAUACACUGAGUUAAUCUACUCAGGCUGUAGGUCCCAGCAAUGUUCUAGAGUCCGGUCUUUCCCUUUCCUGCAGCUUCGGGUCCUUGGACCUUUCCUGUUUCCUAUUACUUGGAGUAUCUGUCAGUUGAGCACCAGUUGUUCUGGUGUUUCAUUUGAUUCUACUUGUAGCAUAAUCAUUUAUACGAGCUAUUGGGAGGUUCCAAACCCUGCCUAGAUUUGUGUAGGUGAUGUAUCAAAUGAGCAAUAUACCGUUCAUCUGAAAAUAGUAGCACACAGCCAUAUAUAGGAUAUCAUUUUCUAAGGACUGUUUCUUCACAUUGAGCAGAGCAGGCAUAAAUGGUGGUUAUUUAGUCUAAGUCUUUUAUUUUUUUAUACCUGAUUUUCAACAUAACACGCAAUGUGGAUGUCGAGUAGUGUUAAGAAUGGUGCUGCUCCUGACAAGUGUAUGUUAACUGUUUACAUUUUCUAUCUGCAGAAUUAUUUCUCUAUUACUGAACUUUUCCUAAGUAAAAUGUCUUUGAAGUCUCGUUA